UCCUCCCUCUGACCUUCUCUGUGCCUGAAAGGGCCGCCAUGGAAACGGCCAGCAACAAUCCCACUGGAGUCAAGUUCCCACCCCUCACCAUGGCUCAGCUCAAGAACUACGCCCAUCCUGACAUCCUGGCCCGCACCUUUGAGAACCUGUCUAACCUCCACAGGCUGCUCCCAAGUCAUCUGACAGAGACGCUCUGUUGCUACAAGAGUGAAGAGGACAAGCAAAAAGGCGAGGAUCCUGAGUUCUCUGGCUUAGAGAAGGUCUUGGCAAGGUACCAGCUGCCAGAAGAGGUUCACCUGAGCCCAAAGCCGAGCAAAAUGCCGUCAUGGAAAAGAAAAUCCAUCAACAGUGUAAGUGAAGGGUGGAAGAAGUGCCAUUUGUGGAAGAAGAAUACAGAGGAGCCACCCAUGUCCACCAUAGUGGUCAGAUGGCUGAAGAAGAACAUGCAGCCCACUGAAGACCUCAAGUCGGUGAUCAGUAAGCUCUCCGUGUUUGGGCCCAUCCAGUCUGUGACCCCGUGCGGACGCCAGAGUGCCACAGUGGUCUACGAGGACAUGAUCUCAGCUUGCCGCGCGGUGAGCGCUUUCCAAAGCCAGGUCCCGGGCACCAUGUUCCAGUGCUCUUGGAAGCAACGAUUCCUGUCUAAAAACAAUGCUUACUCAAGAAAUGCUGAGAAGACCCAGCCUAAGAAAAGCUUUAAUAACCAAGAAACUGAAGAAAGAAACAAAAAGAGACAAGUGUAGCCGAGGGGCCACAAGCAGGAACAUCGCAGUGCCUUCUGGGUAUCUAGAACUUCUCCGAAGCUCAUAAUGAUAAGCGAAGACUGCCCAGCCUUGUUACAUGACAACGACUAAUCUCCCUGCACAAAUCAGACCAGAAAGAAUAGGGAUGGUGCUGAAACUCUACAGUUU